ACACAUCACUGAACAAUUUGUAUUUAAUGCUUUGUUAUAAAAUUACUAUGUAUUACUAUAAAUUACUAUAUUGGAAAUUAAUGCCAACUUAGGAAAAGAUUUGCUAAAAACACUCUUAGGAUUACCCCAAAUAUAAAGAAAGAUAAGUUAAAAAUGAGUUCUCAUCAAUUAUAUGGUGAAAAACUGAACUCUGAAUCUGUAGGAUUACAUACUUACACUAAGAAGAUCAGCAAUGUAUCAGGAGUAGAUUCUCCCGGUGCCUAUUCGCAACCAACGACAAAUCUUGAAAGGUUUAAUACUUCUAAUCCAUUGCAGCCAUUUCUUACUCAACCAUCUGUUUUGAACAAAUUAACAGCAGUUAUACAUCAAACAAAUACCUCAUGGUCACAUCGGUGUGAUGAAAUUGUUCAAUUAUGCUCUGCUUGCUCAAAUAAGGAGCUAAUUGAUAUACUUCCAACAUUGCUUCACAGUAUCUUUGGUUAUUCUGGAGGCCUGGGUUGGAAAUUGGAUUCACUAACACCUGCUACACAUGAUUACUUUAGUAUACUUAACUUUCUUAAGCCAAGUGGAUUUGUUUUUAACAUGAUCAAUAAAUUGCUGACAGACCCUGAUGCAUUGUUUCAACUUCCUCUUUCUAUGAUGCCUAUUUGUGUAACAGAUGAAAUGAGAAAAGGGAUGUCUAGUUGGUAUCAAUCAAAAGUUAGCUUUCAUACUGUUAAUCAGCAAUUUAUAAAUUUUAAUUCAUUGGAGUACUUUCUUGUGUUAUAUUCAUACUUUAUAAUACAUCCAAGUAAUAUGCAAGCUCAAUGGACUUCUGUUGCAGAUGUUCUAUAUGUGCGAUUAUUUGAAGAAUACCUCAACUUUUUUUACCCUCUAAAUGAAGUUCAAAUAGAAUCAGUUCAAGUAGUUCAGCAAUUCACACCAAAGUUUAACACAUUUCGUACUCCAAGUUCUCCGCUAUUACGUCAGCAAUUUGAAACAAAUGUUGUAUUAAAUGCAAAUACCCAAACGUCGUAUGCUGAAAUCUUUUUGCAGAUACUUUGUGACUUUUGGUUAGGUCAAAAUACUGAGAAUCAAAUAAAAGAGGAGUAUAAACUUCCUUCAGUUGACUAUGCACGUAUGAUUAGAAUUUUAGUAAAGUAUUUGCAUACGUUUAUAAAUAGCAAGCAUGGUGUUCAUGUUGAUUUACCUAUGGCUCAUUUAGCAAGAGUUAUUGUACCUGGUUUGUUUAAUAAGAGACUGUAUAUUUACUUAAAGCUUUGUUUCAUGCAUUGGCCACUGGACACUUCAUUUAGAAUGGUACUUGAAACUUGGCUGAGUUUUAUUCAACCAUGGCGAUAUCUUAAUUCAAAUACAUCAUCAGAUGAAGAAGGGAUGGAUAUAAGCAUCUUACCAUGGAAAGCAUUUAUAUGCUCCAACUUUCAUUUUUAUUCUGUUUUGUUUAAAAAAUUUAUCACUCGUGCUCAGAGGCAUGACUUCAUGGCAAUUGGUGAUGUCAUUCUAAUAUAUCGUGUUGCUAAAGUUUUUUCACAACCUGGCUUAGUUGAUAUAUUGCAUGAAGGAGAUUCAGAUACAAUAAGAAGUCAUGUUCGAUCACCACUUUCCUCUACGCCUCAAUUUGGUGGCUUAUUGAGCCCUGUUUGUUUAGAGAACAGUGCUGAGAUGCAGCAGCCAUUGUUUGGGAAUGAAAGUACAAAAGCUGUUCAAAUAUUAUGCGAGUCGUUAGCUUCAACAGCAAUCAGGCUUCAUAAUAAAGCAUCGCAAACAUCAAGCACAGCUAGCCGAUCAAGUAGUUGGAUCGCUAAAAUAAAAGAGUUUUUAACAAAUAAUGAAAAUGGCACAGAUCAUGACCAAGAUGACCAAAAAUUAAUUGAUUACUUAGAAAAAUCAUGUCAUUUACUGUCCAAUGUUUAUCAAUUAGUCAUAGAAGUUAGUCCUACUGUUCAUGGUAAUUAUGAAGCUCUGAAAAACUCUCUACAUAAUUCACAUUUAUCUCCUGUUCAGCAGCCAGACUGCAUGUGGACAUCUCAUGGAGUUGUACUUACUGACAGAGGGCGGUUUCAGGUUGCCCAAGGUCUCCGUCGAUUUGAUAAAAUAUUUACUGGCGAUCCAGAGCUACAACCUGUUCGUUCACAUGAGAGCUCCUUGGCUGUUAGAUGGCUUUACAAAGCUUCUAUAUUCAUUAAUAAUAAGUGCUCCAAAAAAAUUGAGAGGUUGUACAACAGAAACGAUAUUAUCUCCGAUGCUCUUCGCACGAUAUCUAAAAUUGUAGCUACAGACGGAGGUCAAAUUACCACUUCUGCUGUUCAUCCACGCGUUUCGCUGCGAUUUGCUGCUUCAUAUUAUUUUAUAGGUUACACCUCCUGGUUUAUUGUACUCGCGCUGCUGUUUGGAUUUCACUGGUUGCUCAUAAUCAUAAUAACAAUAUUUAUUCUGUUAAUUUUUACCAUUCUUAAUGUCGAUUCGAAACCUGAAAUAAUGAAAAUUGAUUAGUUUAAUUUUUUUUUUUUUUUAUGAAGAUAGAUAUCUAGUUUGAA